UUCCGUCGGCAGCGUAGCUUGGGACUCGCGGGCGCGCCACAGCCCAACCGGCGCUCUUUCCGGCACCGCCCGCCCGCCCGCCCGGCGCUUCUGCUUCUGCUCAGAUGUGACCAUGGUGGAAGUGAACUACCUUUUCCUGCACUCCGUGAGGGGAGGCCUCAAGAUUGCCCGCAUGGUAUGAAGCCGGGCUGAGGGGAGGGGAGGGGAGGGGGGAGCUGAGGUUAGAUUUAAAAUUUAAAAAAGUUUUUAAAGCCUUGGUGUGUUGGGGUGGGUCUUCAUAUGGGCCUCCCUGCAGUCUCUUUGUAACCUCAGGGGCUCAACAGUGAAGCAAGAACAGAGGGGGAGGCAGUCUCUGAGCUUGUGCAGAGCGCAUUCACUUUAAACCCCAGGAUUCUAAGUUUUGGGAGGGGGACGUGGAGGGUAAUGUUUCCAGAUCCCUGGCAUCUUUGCCUCUUCUGUUUACAAAUUAAGUGCCCGGUAAACAAAUUGCUGUAUUUUGUGUGAGAGUACAUAUAUUAUUAUUAUUAUUAUUAUUAUUAUUAUUAGAAUUUAUAUACUGCCCUAUACCCGGGGGUCUCAGGGCGCUUCUCUGAGGUGGUGAGUGCUACUUGCAUAUUUAUAUGGAUGUUGACAAGUUGGUUCACACCCAUGAGGUGACCGCUGUCAAGCGAUGCCACUCUGCCCUGUGUCUGUGUGCCUUAGUUUAAGUGAACCUUCAAAACGUUUAACUUUGUUUUAGUGUUGCUUUCCAGCUCUUCUCUUUCACUGGAGCAAGGAGUGUUCCACAUUUGUCAUUUUUAAAGGAACUGGAAAAUUUCAGCAAUGCUGAUUUUUGCCUCUUGUAGCCAGCCAUCUAUUUCCACUUCUCUGGAUGUCACCCUGUUAAACUCAAAUAGGACCUGCUUUGGAGUAGAUUUCUGGUGUUACAAUACAAGUGUUGCCAGAUAUUUAUUUAUUUCCAUGUAUGAAUCGCUUCUCAUAAAAUAUCUCAGAGCGAUUUCAGAACAAGAAGACCAGCACCAAUUAUUGCUUAUAUGAAAAUUAAAAGAUGUUUGAAAAUGCUUUUGUAUGUAAACACAGUAUCAAAUCCAAUACAGAUAUAAACUGGAAUUACACAUACGUUCUCUCUUAUUUGACUAUUAGAAUAUAUGUGUGUGUGUGUGCAUUGUUAAAUCCCACCGCCUUAUUAUGAUUAUUUAAUUCUUUGGGGCAAACUAGAUGAUAAGUGAAUUCACUGAAUAUGUUUGGAGUUUUUGUUUUCUAAAUAGCUGCAUCUAGUCUGAGGUUUUUGCCACAUGACAAAAGUAGCGUUCAAAACCAUAUGGCAGCAGUUUGUGUUCUUCAGUUCACACACAUGCACACUUCUUUGGGGACCCAUGUAUAGAAGGCACCUCCUUAGUCUCUUGUUUUGAGGAGGGGAAGAAAACAGUACACCUCCAGAUCUUUGAAUCAUAGGCAAGGCAAGUUGUAUUCAGGCCCAUUUUAAAGACACACUAUAGAGCCAGUAUUUCCAAAUAAAACAUUGAUUGAACUACCACCAAAUUUUAAAUUUAUAAAUUACAGUAGGGUCUUAAAGCUUGGGUGUGAUUAUUUUAGUAACUUGAAGUUAAUAGCUCAGGGAUAGAACAACUGCCUAAAACCCUGGAAAGUCACUGCCAGCCGUUGUGGCAAACAAUACUGAGCAAGAUGAACCAGUGGUCUGACUAUAUGACAGCAUCCUAUGUAAAUAGUUUUGCAACAUUGGAAUAUUUGUAGUAUGACUAUGUAUGUAUGUAUGAUCCUAAGUCAAUAUUCUGUCUUUCUUUCUUGCAGCUUGUAGCUUUUAUGGCAACCAUCUGUUUUGCAGUUAACAGAUCUCAUGAAGCAUUUUUAGCACUCGUGAUCAUUGAAUUUGUCAUUACUUUAUUAUUCUUUUUACUAUAUCUGCUGAAUCUGCAAAAAAAGCUGAAUUUCUUAUUUUGGCCCUUGGCUGUAAGUAUUAAUGUGCACAAAUUAUUGUUGUGUAUACAUGUCUUGCAAAAGUACAAAACCAAACAGCAGGAAUUGUGCUGGUAUUUUGAACUUCCGCCCUUCCAUUUCCAAAACAACUGUUGGGAGUAGGGAGAAGCAUUCUCCUCCCACCUGUCCUUAUUACCACAAUACAAGACAGUUAUUAACAUUCAGACAAACAAAUAAAAGCUACACUUUUGAAUACCGUACAGCAGCUACUGUGAAAGAUGGAAGGAUAUUUUUAUAAACAGAAGAGUAGAGGAUCAAUAUAAAGAUCAGUAAAAGAACUGAUAAGAAACAACAAAAUGUUAUAUUUUCAGUCCUUUUAAUUGUUUAUUUUUAAUGCAGUUAAUUCAAUUUAAAAACAUUGAACUGAAGAGUACAUAUAUAGAGGUGGUUUUUAACUAUUAUUUUGGGGGACUCUGGGGAUGUUGCCUCCCCCCCCCCUUCUGAGGACAGAGAUGUGGCCUUAGGGGAAUCAGCGAUAGGUCUGGGUUCAAGCAUCACUUUACAAAAUAUUGGGAAGUAUCUUAAGUUCUGCUCAGAGCAGACCCAUAGAAAUUAACGCUAAGUUACUUAGAACUAACGUUGGCUACAACCUAUUGUUUUGCUCUCUUUCUGCAUCCUAUGGCAGGGAAGGAAGUACUUAGCAUACCUUGGGGAUGAAUUCGAUUAUGUUGUUGAAACACGAGAUUAGGUUCAAACAGAUCUCUUUCACAUAGAGUAUUAUAUUUGGAUGUAGGUGAUUCACACAUGUAUAUCUCCCAGGCUGAAAUCCUAAAGACACAUUUGCAAAAAAGUAAGUUCCACUGAACACUCUAUGAUUAAUUCCAUGCACAGGAUUGCACUGCAUGCUGAUAAGACAUUUUAAGCAUAUACGGUACUUAAAAAUGUAAAGCAUGAAUGCUACAAAUGCAUGUUUGCAAACAGAAUUACACUACCAGGGAGCAAAUAGAGGAAGUACCUCCCAACUAACCAUACCUUCACCAUCUGAAAUGUGUGAAAUGGCCCUCACAUCUGUUUGUAUUGCAGGUGAAGUCCAUAUGAUAGGAAAACUAUGUGCAGUUUAAAUUGCAAUAGCAAUUUAAAUCGCAUAAAUGCAAAUGAUUGCUUGGUGGUGCAAUCACUAAGUGUGUGAAGUUAAAAUCUAAGCUUGUUAUUUUAUUUUGUGCAUCUUAUUCUAAUCAAUAAUAGUUCACCGCCCUUUUUUGUUUGAGGCAACAUGCUUACAGUGUCAUAUAUUACAAAAGUGAAUAUUGUGCCUUUAACUAUCCUACUUGCCCCCCCCAUCAUAUAGUCCAGUAUUGUUAACUUAGUUAAGAAACACAAGGUUCCGUAACCUACAACAGAAUAUGCAGCAGAGAAAUGAUAGCCAGAAUCCUGCUUGAUUGUGUUUGAGAAAGUAAAAUAAUAAAUACAUAACUGACCAAUAACAUCGGUUCUGCCCCACCAUCAAAAGUCCUGCCCCCCAACAUAGUCCUGCCCUCCCAACAAAAAUCCCGGCUACAGCCAUUUCCAGAUUCAAGGGAUGUUCUGACAAAGUCCCAUCCAGGGGUCUUUCCCAAUGUCUGUGGGUUUAUCAGCACCAUCAUCACAAUCUGCAGGCUAUGACUGAACUAUCUACUAUUUUAAGUUUCUCAUAUAGUACCACUGUGGGCCACUGCUGGGAAUUUAACAUGGCAGAUGGUUCACUCACCCACUACUGGGUAGGGGGUUGGACUAGAUGACCCUUAAGGUCCCUUCCAAUUCAACAAUUAUAUGAUUCUAUUAAAUAACAAAAUCCCUGAUCAUGGAUCUCCCAUGUAAUGUCUAAUUUGACCCUGAACGUACAGAUUAGAAUCUGAUGAGCUGUUCACUUGGGGAUUUUUUUUGGAAAACAAUGAACUAUGAACUCUACUGAGACAGCACUACUGAGAGAAGGCCACUUGGUGUCACUGUUGCUUGGAUUUGGAUGUCCAUCUCCUUUUACUCAUCUUUUGAGAGAGCAUAAAAUGAUUAAAAUUAUGUAGAUUUGCCAUAGAAGUCUUCGUUGCUGUCCAACAUAGGAUUAUUUGAAUUGAAUACGUAUACUUAAGAUUGGCGCCAGUCAGAUUAAACUAUAAUUAAAAAGUUUAAAUUAUUCCCCCCUGAAAAAAAGAAAAAUCCAUCUUUUCCCUCAAUAAACAAUGGUAAACCGGCGGGGGGGAGGGAUACAGAAAAAGAGAGCAGAGAAAUGGGGUCAAAAGAUGAGAGAGUAGUAAGCAAAAAGGGAAAACAGCCUGUUGCACACCAGGUGGUGAUGUGGUUGAGCCGCCUUUGGGAUGGUACUCAGACUCUGUAAUUCUAACCCCCUCGGAAUGCCCCAACUUUGAUGGGAUUUGGCACCAGGUUAAAACGUGUGUCCUCCUGUGGAUAUGGUGAUUGCAAUCUAGGCUAUUCAAGGUCUGAGAAAGUGUUGAAAUACUGCAGUUACAUGUGAUGGCCUCAUACCUAACUGGUAAUUUUAGUUUUUUAAUUGUUUCUUUCCAUAAUGUGUUGUUCUAUUAUAUUUUGGUAACUGCUGCGUGAUUCUUUUUUGUAAAUAAGGAACAGUCUAGAUGUUUUGAUAAUAUAUAAAUAUCCCUGUAUCUUGGGUGCCAAAAUAACUUUCCUGGCCUCACAUAUGUACUAUGCACCCUGGCUUACAGGAUGCCAUUGACUACACAACCUCAGGUAGCAAAAUGCCUGGUCCUGGAGUCAACAUUAAGCCAUGUUAUUUGCUAUAUUUUUCAGGAUGCUUUCAACUCCCUGGUGGGGGCGCUGUUUCUCUUCAUUGUGGGACUGUGUGCAACAGUAAUAAAAACCGUAGUUGAAACUUUGGUUGGAGGGGUAAGUAAGAGAGUCUGGAUAGUAUUGUAUCAUAGAAAUGAAAGCCAGAGGAGCCUUUCACAUGUGACAUUCCCAGCUUGGUAGACCAUGGCUUGCAAAAUUAUGACUGCUUUCAGACACUAUUUUAAUCAUUUUUCCUGACAUUUCCUUACUUGAUAAUGUUUGCUUUUAUGUGAUCUUUCACACAAUAUAAAAGCCAGUUUUGGAAAUCUAGCAAAAUCUGCUCAUUUCCAUGUUAAUUGUUUCCAUUUGCAACACUGUUGACCUGGAAAAUUGUGGGGUGAGAUUUUGGGCAGCAUCCUGGCAACUAGUCAUGUCACAAAUUUUGGGGUGGUAUUCUAGCAUAUAUUCCAAAAUGUCUGUCCAGGCAUUUUCAUGGGUGAAUCCAGGGGUGGGGGGGAGGGAAUACAUGUGCAUAAAGGGUGGGGGUUGAUAGCAUAUUAUUCACUGGUGUCAUGGUGGUGUCUCUUGAUCAAAAAGCCACAGUUCCAUAAUGUAGUGUAAAAAGAAUGUUACUUACUGAACAUUCAGUAAGUGCUAGCAUCAUAACCAAUUCAGUAAGUGCUAGCAUCAUAACCAGGAAAACCAACCCAAUAAUCCCCACAUCUAAAUGCACUCUGUGUUUGGACUGCAGCCAUUGGUGAGAACUUUUCUCCUAAUACAAAUAGCUGGUUAGGACGGAUCUAAAUCAGGACUAUAGUGAAGCAUUUGAAUCUCCUGUCCCAGGCCAGGAUCAUGAUUGGACCUCCCACACCUGCUUUUUACUCUUAAAGAAAAAUAUCAGUGUGUUUCUAAUUGCGUCAGUGGAAUUACAUCUAGUUUGGCGCAAGUAACAGUGAAAUCAAUGGGGUUCUGCAAACGUUAAUAAUUUCAUUCAGUGAGUUGUUAUUCUACCAGUGGGGCCAAUAAUAGUAUUUUCGGCAGUAAAACAGAACAAUGGCAUACAAGUUCAUAUCACGUUUCUUAUAUGAAAGAGAAGAAUAUAAUUUACAUCUAGACUUGCCAAGUGCAACGGUGCCCAAUCAGUUCUGUUAAAGUAGGUAUGUUAUCCUUCUCCACCAUCCCCAUUUGUCUAAGGUGCAACUACAGUGGUACCUCUGGUUGCGAACGGAAUCCAUUCCGGAGCCCCAUUCGCAACCUGAAAGGAACGCAACCCGUGUGGGUCGUGAUUCGCUGCUUUUGCGCAUGCGCGUGACGUCAUUUUGUGCUUCUGAGCAUGCACAAGUGGUGAAACCCGGAAGUAACCCUUUCCAGUACUUACGGGUCGCUGCAGGACGCAACCUGAAAAAACGUAUCAUGAAGCAAACGUAACAAGAGGUAUGACUGUACUGUAUCCCUAUUUUACCAUGGUCAGAGUAGCCUAUUGAGAUGAGUAAGUAUUGGAGCCUACUGGAAGAAUACAACUGAUAGAAGUCAGGCAAGGUGAAACCGGAGACGAUUUCCCCAAAAUAGUUGGGGCAGAGAUUACUUUAUGGAACACAAGAUAAAAAGAAUUCAGUUUUUUUCAUCUAUCACAAAUUAAACAUUAAAAUUGAAAUUCACAGGACAGGACUCUUUGAUGAGCUGUGGCAGAUGCUGUAAACUAGGCACAGGCUGUUGCUGUGAUUCAAUAAAGAAUAAUGCCCAGAACAUUUUACUGGCAUCUGAACUACUUUCUUUUCAUUUGCAGGUGUUUUGUCUGAUCCUGUGUGCUCUCUGCAUAGUAGAUGCUGCUUUUCUUUUGAGGAAGAUUACAUUUAACCAAGGAGCAGCAGCGGGGGAUGAUAAUAACAAUUAGAAUGAUCAAUGGCCAAAGUCUAAUUUAUAAACAUUUGGAAAGCCUGUUUCAAUAGGCUGCUUGUGCCAAAUUUUGUUUAUAUUUUUCUAAAUCUGAAGAGCAUGUAACGAAAGUCAAAUUGAUUUCAAAGAGAAAUUUUAAAGCAGAAGCUUAACUCUCCCAGGGAAGUGAGCAGGGUUCUGAAAAUGUUUUUGUGCUCUUAGAUUAGAAGAAACAUAUUUAUGAAUUUUAAUAUAUAGUAUUCUCAUGUACUACUUUUCUAAACUUGUUCACCUAUUCACCUGUAUGAGCCAUCUUGAAUUAAGAAUAAUCCUGUGAAUUUUAUGGAAUACCAAUUCUAACCAACAUUACAUUUCAAAUUAUUAUCAGAUGCAGCUUUAUGAACUGGUUUGUGUUAAUGUUUUUAAUUAAAAAAGCUUUACCUGUAAUAA